AUGGUUUUGCUUCUGACCACUCCGAUCUUCCGAUUUCUCGGUCCAGUUACGCCAGCGAUCUUCAAGCGUUUUACGGUUACGAUUUUCCACGAGCUUGCCACGAUUGCACCUUGCAUUUUCCCGUACUAUCCAACGUCCAGCAGCUUCCAAUCACUUCAUUUAUUAGAACCGUUACCUUCACCAACCGAAAAACUGGAGCUACCGUCGAUUUCCCAGGUCCACACCAGAGGUCCUGUUGAUAUUCCGUGGUACAAUCAUCACGCUGCUGAGAGACCUCUUUUGUCUGGCGACAAACUCCCGGCUCUCAGUUUACCGACGGCCUCGCAGCCGCCAAUCUCGGGCCAGUCCUAUCGGACUAGCUACGAAGAGGCCUCAGCAUCCCACAACGCGAGCGCUCGGACAAGUCUAUCCGGAACCGCACCUGUCAUCAACGAGGCUAGGAGCCCACCGCCGUCUGCGGACUUGGCAACUGGUGGUCAGGGCCGGCUCUCUUUGGAUUCUUCCGCUCCACAGGAGUAUUCCAUCCCGCAAAACUCCGUGGGUGAUAGCUACUAUCCCAAUCCCACCGCAAUUGGCAGCAUGAACCAUACACAACCAUACAUGGAUGUCCACUCAUCCCAUCUGUCAUCAGCACAAUCAUAUGCUUCUCAAGCUGCGACAGCAGGUGGAAUCGCCCAUUACCCCCAAUACCAUCAGCAACCCCCGGUAUUGCAACCGGCAUCAACUACAUAUGGCCCGGCUAGCUCAUAUUCCCAAUAUGCUUACCCUGGCGGUGUCACAUCGUCCCAACCGGGCCCGCAGCCUCCGUCAACGUCAAUGAGCAGCCAGGUCCCAGCUCAGCUACUGCCAUUGCCAGUUACUAGCCAUACAGUUGCACCCCCUGGAUAUGGGAAUAACACUGGGACGCCUCUGCAAGGGUACGUGUACGAUGCUACAGGCCAAAUCGCUCCGCCUGGCGCCAAACCACGGGUCACGGCCACCUUAUGGGAAGACGAAGGGAGCCUUUGCUACCAGGUUGAAGCUAAGGGCGUAUGCGUUGCUCGUCGGGAAGAUAAUCACAUGAUCAACGGUACCAAAUUGCUCAAUGUGGCAGGGAUGACCAGAGGCCGCCGUGACGGAAUUCUUAAGAGCGAGAAGAUUCGUCAUGUCGUCAAGAUUGGUCCAAUGCACUUAAAGGGCGUGUGGAUUCCAUUUGAGCGUGCCUUGGAGUUUGCCAACAAAGAAAAAAUUACAGACCUUUUGUACCCUCUGUUCGUGCACAAUAUUGGAGGCCUUCUGUACCAUCCCACCAACCAGACACGGACCAACAUGGUUGUACAAGAAUCGCAGCAACGGCGGUUAGAAGGCCCUCAGGUAACGCGAGCUUCACAGGGCCCUCAGCCUCCUGCCUUGCACCACCACCAUCAUUCGUUACAAACACCGGUUCCAUCGCACAUGCCUCAGUCUCACGCGAUGACGUCCCAGCCUGCUGGUAGACCGGGUCUUGAUCGUGCCCACACUUUCCCUACCCCUCCCGCAAGUGCGUCCAGUCUCAUGGGUAUCACUAACCAGGGGAGCUCUUAUGAAUGGGGGAGUCAGGGUAUGAAUUCAGGUGUCCCUAACACACAACCUCUAUCGAUCGACACGACCCUGAGCAAUGCUAGGUCGAUGCCCACAACCCCGGCUACCACUCCACCCGGCAGUAAUAUGCAAGGGAUGCAAGCUUACCAGGGUCAGUCCGGAUACGAUAACUCGAAAUCGUACUACUCGGCCGCGCCCCCAUCCCAUGCUCAAUAUGCUCCUCAGCAUCCCUUGACCCAGCCUAUGGCUCCAUACGGUCAGGCUAUGCCGGCUAGUACAUAUAUCAAGAAUGACAUGGCCCCCCCGUCUGCAAGGGCUUCAGGGGGACCACCAGACGCGGAACAGGUUGAUGUCAAGUCUGACCGUUAUGCUCAGAGUAAUGGGCAUGUUGGCGGUGGAGCGGGUGAGCCGGUAUCUGAACAUGAACCUGAGUACGUGCAACACGAUAGCACAGGCUAUAACGCCAGCCGCGGAUCUUACACCUACACCACCAACCCUUCAGUUGGUAGCUUAGCAGGAGAUCAUUCUCAGCUUGCGUCUGAUAUGGCUGGCUCCCCCUCGCAACAAAACGGGUCUGGGCGCAUGACCCCUCGUACAAGCGGAGGGCCUCCUCCACAGUGGGCCUCGGGCUACAAUACUCCUCCCCGACCAACGGCCGCCAGCAGCUUGUACAACAUUGUCAGCGACACUCGCAGUGCGUCAGCCAACGGAACAACUUCUGACAAUUAUUCCGUAGCGUCCAACCCCGCACCAGGGUAUUCGACAGGAAUGAAUGGAUCCCUGGGGUCCGGAAAGCGCUUGCGGGAUGAUGACGACGUGGACCAAAUAGUUCGACCAGACAGUCGUGGCGCGGAAUAUGAUAGUAAACGCCGAAAGACUUUGACUGAAGCGACGGUGGGUGGUCCUGUUGGAGGUGUACCUCUUGGCUUACAACCAAUGAAGGCUGGCGGUGGCGUGAUGUCUCGUCGUCGCUGA